AUGAUACGCGGCUUUCGACCACGAGUGGCCAUUCUGGCCGCGGUCGCCAUCCUCUUCUCCCUCAUCCUCAUUCUACUCGUGCUGCAGGAUCGCGAAACCGGCUACCUCUACGCCCUCGUUCCUCCCGACCUUGGAAGCCAGCGCCACUAUGGCAACGACUGGGCGGGCGCCGACGCCAACACCGAUACCGACGCGGACGACGUCAACACGACCCAUCCCAUCGACGAGCUCAUCGUCGAGGCCCAGCUGCGUCACCGCCAGCUUCUCGGCAAGCAAUCCCUGACCCUGCGCCAGGCCGCCUCGCGCUACCGCGAACGCCGCGGCCGUCACCCGCCGCCGGGCUUCGAUGUUUGGUUCGCCGCCGCCACCGCCGCCAAGGCCGUCGUCGUUGAGGAGUUCUUCGACCGCAUACACCACGACAUCAACCCCUUCUGGGGCGUCGACCCCGCCGAGAUGCGUCGCCACGCCGCGCGGCAGCCGUUCAUGAUCCGCGUCCGCGGCGGCAAGACCGACACGGACACGGAGGGCGAGGAGCCGCCGUACCGCGUGCGGCAGUGGGCCAAGCUCGUCGCCGAGAUGGAGCCGCACAUUCCCGACCUCGACAUGUUCGUCAACCGCGUCAUGUACAGCGGCGGCGCCGCGCGCGGCGGGCCCUGGCACCGCAAGCGCAACGCCCUCAUCUGGCGCGGCGUCUCCUCGGGUGCCCGCAACAAGCGCCACAACUGGUGGCACAUUCACCGCUUCCGCUUCGUCCAGAUGCUCAACGGCACGACCGUCGCCGCCGCCGAGGCCGGCGACGCCGCCCGCGCCAACACGUUCACCCUGCCGCCGCCAGGCGAGAAGAAGUACGUCUACGACAUCGCCGCCCAGCGCGCCGGCCGCCUCGGCGCCUGGCUGCGCUCCUUCGCCGACGUCGCCUUCACCGACAUCCUCUGCGACCCGCCCGACAUGUACACGCACUGGUGGAAGGGCACGCUGCGCAAGAAGAUCUGCACCAUGGUCGAGCCCUACUACGGCGUCGCCGACGAGCUGCCCAUGAAGAAGAUGUACAACCACAAGUACCUGCCCGACAUUGACGGCAACUCAUUCAGCGGCCGCUACCGCGCCUUCCUGCUGUCGUCGAGCAUGCCCCUCAAGUCGACCAUCUACGCCGAGUGGCACGACGACCGCCUCGUGCCCUGGGUCCACUUUGUGCCCUUUGACAACACGUACGUAGACCUCUACGGCAUCAUGGACUACUUUCUGCGCGGCCGCGACGCCGCCGCCGAGCGCAUCGCCACCGACGGCAAGCGCUGGGCCGAGACGGUCUUGCGCCGCGAAGACAUGCGCCUCUACGUGUGGCGGCUGCUGCUGGAGUAUGCGCGUGUCAUGGAUGACAAUCGCGAUCGCCUAGCGUUUGUGCAGGACUUGAUUGAUUAG